GAGAAGUAACGUUACGUUAGUUAGACCAUCCAACUAAAGUUUCAUUCAGGGGCUAAAUCAUUAUUUAAUGUCUGUGUUGUAAUGUAUUCAGCAGUUUAGACCACAACGACUUAACAUGAGGACUUCGUGUUUGUUCCCUCUGCUAUUUUGUCAGUGUAAAUAUAAUUAGAGCUACAGCUCAAAUCUGGGACACCGAUGCAGCGCAGUUUGUAUGGAUGCAGAUGAGACACGAUGCUAGCUGGCUAACUAGCUACCUAAGGAAAUGGUGAGCGUCGACGUCCUCCACUGAAGAACAGCAACGAGUGGAUCCACGGACAUGGAGGGCAGCGGAGAGAUCAGUGACACGGACAGCGGCAUCAUCCUUCACUCAGGCUCUGACAGCCCAAUGACACACAUGAAGGAUGUUACCACGCACACACGGGCCAUGAAGCUCAAACACCAGGCUCUCCAGAACCGACUGGAGCUCUGCCUACUGGAGCUGAAGAAACUCUGCAUACGAGAAGCUGAGUUGACCGGCCAGCUGUCGGAUGAUUACCCUCUGCUGCCGGGAGAGAAGCCUCCGCAUAUUCGCAGACGCAUCGGAGCUGCGUUUAAACUGGACGUGCAAAGCUUCCCUCGAGGAGCCGAGGAGUCAGAUCUGAAUUUAGUGGAUGCCGAGUUGGCACUUCAGAUGAAGAUAUACGAGGCAGCGCGCAAGCUCUGCGAGGAGGAUCACCUGAGUAAGGCUGUGAAGAAGAGUCGGCUAAAGCAGUGCAAGAGAGAGGAGAAGAAAGUCAAACGGCUGCAAGAAACGGCAUUCCAGCUCCGACUGGAGCACGGUCGAUCCUCCCCUCUCCCUGCUUUCAAUAUUGCUCAACACGAUCUGGGUGCAUCUGAUGACAGCUCUCUGUCUGAUUCAUUAGUGCAAGAUGAAGAGGUGACAAGUCAGUCCUCCCAGCUGUCCUCUGGACUCCCCGACGCAGGAGAGAAGGAUCAACCCCAGCCUCCCAUGUCCUCACAAUCCUUCAUAGACGGCCCCUACGUGUCUCCAUCUGUGGCUCCACAGAGUCGGCCGCUGACCCCAAGCCAGUCUCCCCAUCCGGGUCCUGACUCUAUGCUGAGUUUAAACUCAAGCCGUGGAUGUGACCUUCCUCCCAUCCAGCACUCCCCGUGGACAGAGACCAGUCUCGACCAACCAUACCAGAAGAGCAGGAAGUCACGCUCCUCCAGCAAGACGAGCAGCCCUGCCCAAAGUGAAUUGUUACCACCGUUAGAGGCUUGCUUCGCUUCCCAUCUACGGCUGAGCCGCUCUCAGUCGAACAGCGUGCCUUCCACACCAGAGAUGCGAGUGCACAGACAACUCUCCCUCAGAAUAUCCAACCCUGAAUCUUCAUUUGAAAAAGACCGUGGUCGCAGCAGAGGUGCAAGGAGGCGACUGACGGAAUAUGCCAUAACUUUACCAGAGGCUCCUCCCCCCGCUGUCAACUAUGGAAACCCUGUUAGAGCUGAAGAUAGCAACUCUGAAAACUCGUUUACGUCUUACAACAGCUCGCCGCGUCGGGAGCGGCCCGGGGAUUUGGCCAAGCAGUAUCAGCCUGCACAGCCGCAUUCUGGUCCAGCCGGCAGCUAUGGACCUCAAGCCUUCGCACUCACUGGCUUUCACCAUAGUCCCAGGCACCAGCACAGCCCCAGGUUUCCAAAAACCUAUUACAACGAGGAAAUGGUCUUCCAAAACGAUCUGGCACGGAGCUAUUACACCCAGCAGGCACCCAGUCCUUCCAACAGAUAUGAGUAUUACUAUAAAGAGGCCGCCGUGCCCCACCACAGAGCACAGAGGCCUUUACCUGCUGAGGUCAGACUCUCCCCCUCCCCGGCUCAAUGGGACCAUCCACACUACCGCUCCAAUGACCUCCCAAAACAAGCAGUGAAUGAACAGCUUAAGUCAUGGCACCAGCGCAGUCAGCUUAAAUCCCCGAGGUCCCGCUCUCUAGACCGGCAGGGAGCAGUCCGAGUUAAAAGCAUGUCCACCCGGGAGGCGACCUUCCACCAAAAUCAGAAUUACCACGAACAGGUUAUCCAAAGAAGGGCUCUUCAAAGAGCUGCAGAUGACAGUCAAGGCCGCUGGGUUGUAGAUGAUGGCUCUCACUUUGUAAGUCAGCUGUAAACCAAAACCAAAAAACCUGGGACCGCAAUCCGAUCACUGGGAACUCAGAAGCUGCAACUGCGUUCAUUCCCAAUCAACCUAAGUGAAGUUGUGAGAUAAUCAAGUCAAAUUGACUCUUUACCCCUACAAACAUGACUCGUGUUUACCUGUAUUUGGGCAUAUGGAGGGAGAAUUUUAAAAAAGGGGACAUCUUUCAAUAUAAUGCAUUGGAGUACAACAAUAACCACGGCCACAAAGGUUACUUAAAUGUUGUACAUCUCUCUGACAGUCACAGCAAAGCAGUUUUAGUUGGAUUCCAACUAAAACUGCUUUGCUGGAUGUUGUUUAGUAUUAACUCUUGUGAAACAAUAAUCUAAGUGCUUGUUAGAAAUAUUUUUGGGCGGCUUUAUUAUGAACAAUUACAAUACAAUUACGAAUGGAACUGCUGUAGUUAAAAAAAACAAGUGAAAUAUCCAUCAAAAUUGCACAUCGUAGUUAGAUUGUGAGAAAUGUGAAUGGUUUUAAAGUAGUUUCUAUUGUUGAAGUUAAUAUCAAAUGAAUUAGGAUUUAUUUUAAAAUAGCUACAUGUUAAGUCGUAACCCAAACUGUGUUAGAUGCUUAAUAAUAAAAUGUAGAACAGCAUUAGAUGUGGCUUGAAAGCUAAAAACACAAUAAUGCAUAAUGUGGGGAUGUGGUAAGGACAGCGGUAUUAAGGACAUACAUUCAUUGUGAGGUAUUUCUAAAUGAGUAACCUGUUAUUUUGUCAACUACAUGUUGUGUGUAAUAUCGCCAUGAUUGUGUGACUAUGUAAAUGAACUUGAGCUGAUUGAAUUCAUGAUCCCAGUUUUGUCGUCGUGUAGUUUUGGAGGGCUCCACUUUGUCUUGUUUUAUACUUGUGUGUCAGCGGCACAGCCAGUUAACUUGAAUUACUAAUGGACUUAAUGAGCUAGUUGAAACUAGAUAUUAAUGAACUCAGAUGAGUAACAAAGUAGCAGUUUCAACUAAAUAUGAAUCUUGAUGCUUGGCAGCUAUUGAUUUGUUCACUUGAGAUGUCUAUGUCCUGAGCUUUAAAAUAAUUUGUAUCAGUUUGUGACGUGGCACCCUUCUUGUUGUUAGAACCAAUACAAUUUCAACAACAAGGUAAACUGCAUUCAAAACACUACCAAUAUGUGAUUUACAAUCAAGUCCCCAAUCAACUUUUUAUGGUAGAUCAUUUGAGAAUGAGAGCAAAUACCUGCUAUUGCUUGAACAGCCAAAUACUGACUGGUAUCUCAUUGAUCUAUUCAUGCAUUUAUUUAUUGUGAUGUGCACCAUUGGAUCCAUGCAAAGUCAGACUUGGAAAAAGAGAGGAAAUGGACCUAAGUAAAAAAAAACGCAGCAGUAAAAACUGGCUAGUGUAUAUAUUAAAGACCACAAUCAUGUUACCUUGUGUUUAUCUUUUUUACUGUUGUUAUUUAUCAUUUAAAUUAGUUUAAGUGGGCUUAAUAAUAAUAUGUGAUUCUGCUGUUGAUAAAUCUGAAAAUGUUAACCCUGUGGAAGAAAAUAAA